GUGGCGGAGCUGUAUGCAUUGAGCCACACGAGGGGCCUCAUCGCCGUCAACUCGUCGUCAGCGGAGGCGCGCUUCAUCGCCGCGCACGGCAGCGCGCGCAGCGAGCUGUUUCGUGUGCAGCGCGCCGUGUGUGACUCGCCACCGCUGCGCCCCAUCACACACCUCAAGUUCGCUAAAUACACCAUUGUUGAGGAGCGGCUGGGCGUGAUGUACUGCGGGGUGCCCGGUGUGGCGUCCACGGCGUGGCUCACAUGGCUGCGCGCGCGCCUGGGGCUGCCCUCCCCCCGCGAGGGGCGCGUGGCGGUGGACGACCGUGAUGGCGGGCUGCACGAGCUCGCGCUGCACUUCACCGAGGCCCACGCUGUGCGCGUGAUCACGCGGCCGGACCUGCUGCGCUUCACGUUUGUGCGCAACCCCUUCUCGCGCCUCGCCUCCACCUUCCGCUCCACCGUGCUCGCCACCCACAGCAGCCUCGCGCCCACCUCACGUGACCACUGGAGCAAUGCGUUGUUCCUGGCGGUGAGGCCGAUAGUGGAGGCGGUGGUGCGCGAGGGCGACGGGCAGCUGUCCUUCCCGUCAUUCGUGCGCCUCGUGGGUCGCCUCAUGGACCACACCCGCCCCCUCAUGGACUCCCGCAUUGCGCCUCAGGUGGACGUGUGUGCGCUGUCCACCAUCAAGUACGACGUGGUGGGCCGCGUGGAGAGCCUCAUGGACGGCGCCCGCGCUGUCGUGGACCGCGUGGGCGGUGGGGGGCAGGGCGGUGGGGGGCAGGGGGCGCACAUGGAGAUGUUUGAGGAAGACGGCACAGGGAAAGGUGCAGACGCCGACGCCAGCCUUGCACGGCUGUAUGACAAGGACACAUACGAGGCGGUGAAGAGCAUAUACGCCAUGGACUUCUAUGUGGCGCUCAACAACAUCACACAGCCUGCACCCCACGUGCUGCACGACCUGCUCGAGAGCGAGCUCUAA